CUAAAAAAAAUCUGUUAGGUGCUUAAGCCUGACGUUAGAGUGUGUGUUGUGUUUUUUUUAUUUUCUUUAGUCGUUAUAUUUUCUACUUAUGCAUUUAUUUUUAUUUUUGUGUGUCCGCGCCUCUUGUUUAAACUAGUUUCCGUAUUUUUGUUAUGUUGUCACUUAAUUUUUUUAAAGAUUUUUGUAACGCUUAGUUAUCUGUAAUAAUAGAUGUUCAUUUGUCUGCCGCCAUAUUAUUUAGGUCAUUUUUUCUUAACCGAAAUAAGUGAAAAUGAAUUGUAAGAACUGUUUAAACUUGAAGGUAUUUUAGAAUUUUGAUCUGAGGUGAAAUUGUUGGUAAAGAUACUUGGAAAUUUAUAAGGCAGAAGUGAGUGAAUCUCUUACUGCUUAAUAUGGCUGCUCCAAUAAAAAAUCAAAAAAAUUUGGCAGCAUUAAAUGAUGAUAAAGAACUCAUCAACAAAGAACACACUGAUACAGCAUCAAAUAUCAGUAGUAACCAUUUAAAUGCCCCAAAACAUGGGACUGUGAUUCCUAACAGAGUGUUUGUUGGUGGAAUUUCACCUUCAACAACCGAAUUAGAUUUAGUUCAUUUAUUUUCCAGCUAUGGAAAUGUUACUGGCACUAAAAUAAUUUCUGAUCGUGCAGGAGUUUCUAAAGGAUACGGGUUUGUUACGUUCGAGACCGAAGAGGAAGCCAAACGUUUACAAAAGGAUGCAGAAAAUAUCGUAUUAGGACAGCGACGGCUGAAUAUAGCACCUGCCAUUAAGAAACAGAGCUUCGGUCGCAGUACCUAUGAUUGUUCAGCGGGUGGUCCAGUAUCUCCUUCUCAACUGUACCGUCAAAAUGGCGUUACAUAUGCUUUUCACAACGGUAUGGCUUUUUUUCAACAACCAACUCCAUCAUUACCUCCAUCAGCCCAUAUUGAACAUAUGCCAGUCUUCCAAUCAGGUCCGCCAUAUGGAGCGAUGACGCCUAGCAGUCCUGGACCAGCAUACCCAUUUCCGUAUGCGCCGCAAGGACAACUGUUUUAUCAAGCUCCACAGUAUCAAUAUCAUGUUCCUCAAUAUGAAGGCUGUUACGAAGCAAGCCAGGUGAUGGUUACUGACGGAAGCCUGGUUAUUCCUCAGUAUUACCUGACACAUCAACCAACACCUGAAUUGGCUUUUUACCAGCCAGCUACAGUGCACCCGCAAGAGGCAUCACCACAAUCUGUGCCACCUUUGUUAUAUGCUUCACCUAGGACUUAUGAGUCUGCUAUUAUCUAUUCCACGGAGCCAAAAUGUGAAUUGGAGAAUGGUAUGAUCAAUCAUAAUGGAGGUGGUAUGGCUGUGAUAAAUAAGGAGGAGGGAGAACCACCAGCCCAAAACCCGAGGCGAACCCGUGAGGCAGCCCCUGUGGUUUCCUACGUUAAAAUGAGUAAAGGAAAGGAGGACCAGCCUCGAAGGAAACAUCACCACCAACACGACGAGGGGAGGAGGCAGCAUCAUCAUUUGAACAAUAAUAAUCCAGAUGCUGCUAACAGGAACUUGAAACAUGAUGCAAGGCGUGGCACUCCCCCCUCUGUUCCCCCAUUUCCAGCCAACCAUACUUGUCCUAACCCAAGACACCCUCCUGUACAGGUUCCUCAGUUCCCGUACUAUCCCCGCCAGGUCCUCGCCCCUCCUACAGCCCUCACGUCUUUCUACCCACCCCCACCACCACCUGCCCGGCCUAGGUCAUACUACAGGCCGAGAUAUGGAGGAGGAAGAGGUGGGAGCAGAGGAGGAGGAAAUGCCAAGUGGUUGCCUGUUCCUAAAGAAGAAGAGCUGGGGUUGUCCCAGGCACUGACACCACCCGUAACACCCCGUAAUCCUGAUACAGCUGCUGUUACUGGCACUACGAAUGGACCUGACGACGUCGUCCAGUCGAUCCAAGGACUUUCACUCUAGUCUAGAGCUGUUGCCUGGCCGGACAGUAUAAGACACGAUAUGUCUAUAUACCUCACAUCAGAUAACCUUCAUUCUGCAACUAUCAACUUGAUCUCAUUGAAGAAAAAAACCCCAAAAAAAACUAAAAUAGUCCUUUGUUUUCUCUUAAAUGCAAGAGAAUCUGCAUAAACUUGUUUAUAAAUAUAUACACAUAAUAUAUGUAAAAUAAAUUUGAAAACAAUAACUGCUUGUUUUCUGUUAUGACUUUAAAUUUUUAAGCUCAAACACAACACACCAAAUAUUUGUGAAAUCUAGUCCAAUACAGGACUCAUUGAGAAUAGAGACUGUUUGAUAUAAUUGUAAAUAUUAUAUAUAUGACGUUUACCUAUUAACUUAAGCACAUUGUUGUAAAAUAGUGCCAUUUUUUUUUUACUGUAUGGAUCUUGAAUUAUUUCACUAUUUAGACUUUAUCAGACUUUUUCUACCUUAAACGAAAACAUUAUUGCUCAAAAUUGGUGAUAAAAUUUUAUGAAAGUAGAAUUUUGGGUUUAUAAAGGUUUAUAGUUUCUCAAUAGAACACUGUAGUCUCAUAUAGAUAAUUCAGUUUUAAUCUCCAUUUGAAUUUUUUGCAAUCCAAAAGUGUAACAGUUAUAAAAUGGCAAGGAUUAACACUUGUACCUGUUAACGCUAUUGGAAUUGGCUAGUUAAAUUGUUUUAAAAGACAUUAUCUUGAAAAGAAAGAUGUACUUAUACUGAAAUUUGUAUGAAUGAGUUGGCAGUUGUUUAAGUGCAUUUCUGGUCUUUGUGAUAAUACCAGUCUAUUAAAGUAUCUAAUAAAUGUAUAAAAAAAAUAUAAAUAUAUAUUUAGUUAUAUAUAGAUGAUGAUUUAAUAUAUUUUGGUUUAAAU